AUGUCUAAUUAUCAACCUCGAAUCACCGAUAGUUCUUUAUUACCAGCUAGUUGUUCUUUUCUUGAUUUUACGCCAGAUUCAGAUGAAGAAUCAGAUAUGACAAAUCCUUCAGUCUCUUCAAGACAAUCUAAACCCAAAGCAUUAAACUUACAAAAACAAUAUAUCUAUCAUACAACCAUCACACCCACACCAGCUCCAUUAUUAUCACCUACGUGGAAAAGUGAAAGGCGGGUUUCAUCAGAUACUCGAUCUAUAGCUUCUUCUUCAACUUCUAGAUCAUCUUUUACUAGUCUUGAAUACAAUACGUUUAAAUCUCCUUAUACUCCAUUACAUGAACACUUAAAUCGUUCAACAAGUUCAUCUUUACCAGGAAAAAGAAACUCAUCACAAACUUCAAGAAUUAGAUCACCUCCACAAGAUCAUGCUGGAUCAAGUCGUUUGAUUUCUUCUGGUUCUUCAAUUUCUGCUAGUAGUUCAUGUUUUACUAUUCCAGAAGCUACUACUUUUAGUUCACCUUACAGUUCACUUCUUUUACCUUCUGCUCGUCGUCAAUCUACUGGUGGGUUUGCUGCUCUCAAUGGUCCUAAAUUAAGACGUUCGAUCUCGUCUUCUUUAACAACACAAACUCAUGAAGAUCAACCUAAUUCAUUUCAAUCAACUCAAUCUGAAAGAAAUCUUAGAGAAGAUAUUCCUACGAUUGCAUUUGCAAAGGCUUCACCUAAUCCGAUUCACGUUGAAAGCUUUCAACAAUCAUCAAAUCAAUUUGAUGUAAAGGAUUUAACUGAAAAAGAACAAACUGAUUUGAUGAAUGAAAAUGAAGUCGAUUCAGAAAUCGAGACGGGUUCGAAUUUCUCUAGAUCUCAAUCAUUUAAAUCUUGUAGUGAAGAAUCAAGUUUUUUAACUGCAACUGCUCAAGAUGAAAUCCCAAUCACACCUUUAUCACCUAAAUUCAAUUCUAAUUUAAAUCAACAUCAACAUCAACAUUCAAAUUCGACAUCAACUUCAACUUCAAGUCAAAAACAACAUCAACGACAACAUCAAGAAACCCUUACAAAUGAGAAUGUAAGUUUAAGAAAAAAGAAAAGUUUAAGGGAUGAUCGAUCUAAGUAUGAUUCAGUGAUCAAUUGGAUUGAGAAUAGUUCUUUUUUUGAUUUCGAUUCUCAAGAAGAUUGA